CCAACCACCUAGAACCUUCUUCUACUUCUCUUUCUUACUCACCCUAUUUCAUACCAAAACCCAAAAUUUCUCCCAUUCAUAAUCCCAAUUCUCCCUCUUCACCAAUCAUAAACGAGAGCCCUAAUCCCCUGUUAUCUUUCACUCUUUUUCUCUCUCCGCGAUUCAUCUCUCUUGAAUCCAAUCCAUGGCACCUAUGGGUCCCGGCUUCCGAUUCCACCCCACCGACGAAGAGCUGGUGGUGUUCUACCUGAAGCGCAAGAUCACCGGAAACCUGUCCCGGUACGACCACAUCGCAGUGGUUGAUGUCUACAAGCUCGAGCCCUGGGACCUUCCCCCUCUGUCGAAGCUCAAGACCAAGGACUUGGAAUGGUACUUCUUUAGCGUGCUGGACCGCAAGUAUGGAAAUGGCUCCAGGACCAACCGCGCCACCGAGAAGGGCUACUGGAAGACCACGGGAAAGGACCGCCCUGUGGCCCAUGGCGACCGCACCGUGGGGAUGAAGAAGACCCUCGUGUACCACAUCGGUCGAGCCCCACAUGGCCGUCGCACCAAUUGGGUCAUGCACGAGUACAAGAUGCUCGAUGAAGAAUUGACUCGUGCUGGCACAGUGCUGGAUGUGUAUGUGGUAUGUAGGAUUUUCGAGAAGAGUGGUGCUGGACCAAAGAAUGGGGCCAAGUAUGGUGCUCCCUUGGACGAGAAGGAGUGGGAUGUGGAUGAGGAGAAUGAGCAGAAGGAGGUGGUUGCCUUACCUGCGACUGCUCAUCGUGUGGUGGUUCCCUUGACGGAGAUUCGUCCUAACGUGGUUGCUCCUCCUUUGCCCGCGACAGCUGCCGUGGCUCCUCCUGUGGUAGCAACUGGUGGUGACUUUUGGGAUGAUAUUGGGGCCUUUUUGGAAACUAACGACCUUGACGGGGAACUUGAUUUGAGUGAUAUGAUUGGGGGUGUUACUUUUCCAUCACUAAACUUUCAUCACGGGGAGUGUAGUACCUACGCUGAAAAUUCCCAAGAACUCAUCAAGGAUCAGGAGCCAUUGGCGGGCACCUUUGGAAUUUCUGGGCCUGAAAAUGGCCAGACUCUUGAUAUGUCUGAGCAACAUGAUAUGGGCACAGGUUCAGUGAAAGAUGAAGACAUGGGUGAGCAGAGCGAAAUUGUGAAUCUUCUCAAUUUCAAUGAUGCAUCGGAUAAUAUGGAUCUGGAUCUAUAUUUUGAUGCCGCCCAGAAUCUUCCAACGGCUGAUGAUGAAUCAUUCUUGGAAACCAAUGAUCUUGCAAUUGGGAAUGAGGAUGAUCUCAUUGAGGCUGAUCCUUCUGCGAAUGAUAUUAUGCUAGACAAGUAUCUUCCACUCCCUGACGAUGACGAUGAUGAUAUUUGGAAAUAUAUAUCGUUCGAUUAUUCUCAGGUUGCAGAGAGUGAAAACUCUAAUUCCAACCAAGGAUCACCUUUAACCCAGCAGGUUAUGACCGACUCUAUCUUUAUAGUCAUUUGCCUUGUAGGUAUUAUAGCUGUAUAUUGAACAAUUUUGGGUCAUUGGCAGACUGUAGGGGGAGAAAC